AUGGUGAUGGAAACGGGAAAACUGGAAGAGACAUACACCAUAUCUGGCUCCUCCAGCGUCACCACUAUGAAGAAAGUGGUUCAACAGCUCUGGCUGGAGACCGGGCUCAACUACGUAGAAGUUUCCCAGGCAGCUGCAGACUUGAAACAGUUCUGUCUGCAGAAUGCUCAACAUAAUCCUCUGCUGACUGGAGUAUCAAGUACAAAUCCCUUCAGACCCCAGAAAGUCUGUUCCUUUUUGUAGUAAAAUGAAUCUUUCAAAGGUUUCCCAAACCACUUCUUAUGAUCCAGUGAAUAUUCAAGAGCGCUCCAUUUGAAGCCUGUACAAAAGCUUAU